AAUUCAGCGUCACGUGAUUUCUUCCCGGGGAUUUCAAGAUGGAGAUAGAAAGGAACAUCGAAUCCCAAGAAAAUUUAUGCCCUUUCAAGACUUCAAACAAAGAAAAAAUGAACAAAGACAGUGAUCAAUCGCAGGGAAGCCGAAAAAUCUUCCAGACUCUCCAAUGUUCAGCUCAAAAUCCACAAAAACUUAUAGGACAGACAGGACAAGCACCCACAGCUAAGAAAAAAGUUAACAAACUAAUACCUUUGAAGGAACCUUUGAUUGUGUAUAAUGAUCCAAAAAAUGAGAGGACAUUUGAUCACAAAGCUGUUCAAACAGAGAAGAACAGAAGGCUGAAAAGUCUAGGGUCUGUGAGUGAAGACAUUGAUGAUGAGGCUUAUGAAUUAAUGGUUGAUGAGGACGUUCCUGAGUCUUACUGGAAAGAACUGGCUGAGCAGAGACGAGUGGCACUAAAUGAUUCACUUCACGAAAAUGAAAUGUUGCACAAAGAAGUUGAGGAUCUGCGAGAGGAAAAUUCUAAAUUAACAGAGAUGGCUGAAAAAGCUGAUUACUUUGCUGAUGUCAUCCAGACUAUGCUAGGAACAGAUGAAGAGAAGCCCAAAGAAGAAGGAGAAGAAAACUCAGACAAGGAAGCUGAGUCCGACAAUGAGGAGGCAGCAUCUGAAGAACCAGAAAUUACCUCCCCUGAAGAUAAAGAACAAGAAUCACCCCCAGCUGAUAAACCAGAGUCAUUAACCACAGACAGCACACAGCCCAAGAAUGAUUGAUGGGAAAUUCAGUCUUACAGCAUUUGGACUGACCAAGCAAUCCUGAUGUUCCUCUGUGAAAUGAGAAAAUCCAAACUGGUCGAGCUGUAUAGGGACUACAGGGGGAAAAAAAGACUGUGAUCUACAUUUUAUGAGAUCCAGAUAACCAAUUUCAAGUCUUACAGCCAUCUGACAGAAGGUUUCAAACAUAGGGAUUUUCCAAAAUCUGGAUAAUUAGUGGUAGUCUUAGUUUUAGAAUUAAAUUGACUUGUGUCUUGUAAUGGAACACUUUCUUUAGUGAUAUUUUAAUUUUUUUUUAAAUUUGUUUUCAACAAUCACUGUAUUUUGAUUUGUAUAUUGUAUAGUUUUUAUGGAAUAAAGAUUCUCACUUUUAA